AUGAAGUUCAGCACGAUCCUCUCCGCUCUUGGCCUGGCCGCCUCUGCCAGCGCCGCCUCGCUGCAGCAGGUCACCAGCUUUGGGUCGAAUCCCAGCGGCGUCAAGAUGUACAUCUACGUUCCCGACAACCUGGCCGCCAAUCCUCCCGUGAUCGUGGCUAUCCACUACUGCACCGGUACAGCUCAAGCCUACUACAACAACAGCCCUUACAAGACCCUCGCAGAUCAGAAGGGCUUCAUCGUUAUUUAUCCCGAGUCCCCAUACUCAGGAACCUGCUGGGAUGUCUCGUCCAGGGCAACUCUCACGCACAACGGCGGGGCCAACAGCAACUCCAUCGCCAACAUGGUUUCGUACACCCUGAACAAGUACAAGGGCAACAAGUCCAAGGUAUUCGUCACGGGUUCUUCCUCCGGUGCUAUGAUGACGAACGUCCUGGCUGCAACCUACCCUGACGUCUUCGCGGCUGGCAUCGUCUACAACGGCGUCCCGGCCGGUUGCUUCUACACCGGUACGGUCGACGGCUGGAACAGCACCUGCGCCCAAGGCAAAUCGAUUGCCACGCCGCAGCGCUGGGCCCAAUGGGUCUAUGACGCCGACCCCGGCUACACCGGGCCCCGCACCCGCAUGCAGAUCUACCACGGCAGCAUCGACAAAACGCUCAACCCCGCCGACUACCAGGAGACGAUCAAGCAGUGGUCUGGCGUCUUUGGCUACAACCCGGACAAGCCUAUCAAUUCUUCUCAGAACACCCCUAUUGCUAACUAUCGCACGGAUGUGUUUGGUGAGAACCUCAUUGGUGUCUUUGCUACUGGGGUUGGACACACGGUGCCAAUUCGGGGUGACGAUGAUAUGAAAUUUUUCCGCUUGUAG